ACGUGAUUUCCAUUCUGGUCUGCCUGCAGGCGAUACUUGCAUUGCGCAAGUACGACCUCGAUUUUGCGACAGUCUUGAGGGGAUGAACCGAUUUGUAAGAGUGUCCUACAAUCUGUUGGUUCAAAAAUCUCCUAGGUCAACCUUGUCAUCAUCGAAAAUGGCCUCCCAACAAAGCCAGGUCAUAUUCGCACCCUCGGAAGAACCGCCGCGCGGGGUCCAAUCCGUCUUCCUCGCCGGCACAACUAGCAGAGUCGACGCGACCGACUGGCGCGAGACGUUGUCAUCCCUCCUCUCCGACACCAAAAUCACCAUCUACAACCCGUACCGCCCCGACUGGGACAGCACGUGGCGCGAGGACGUCGACUUUGAGCCCUACAGGCAGCAGGUCGAGUGGGAGCUCGACAAGCAGGAAAAGGCCGACGUGGUGGUCGUCUACUUCCACCCGGCCACGCAGGCGCCCGUCAGCCUGCUGGAGUUUGGCCUGUGUGCGCGCGUGCCCGGCAAGGCGGUCGUGUACUGUCCCGAGGGGUACUGGAAGCGAGGGAACGUGCAGGUCGUGUGUCGCAAGUUUGGGGUUGAGAUGGUGGAGAGCAUUCAAGGUCUUCACGGGGCUAUAAUGAAGAGAAUGGGGCAGUGAGGGUCGAUUUUGUUGGUAUUUCCUUUUGACAAUUUUGGCUUUCGAUUUGGCAUUGCAGGGAAGUGCGAGAUGACACCAACCUACAAUUAAUAGUGCAUAAACUCGAACUAUUGGGCUGAAUACAAAAAGCGCAUGAUUGUCAAAUGAGCAGCAAGCGAAUCAGAGCACCCGUUUGUGUGGUUGUACGAACAGCGGCAGAGGUAAUACCAUGAAGUUGUGAUCG